GGGCUCGGCUCCGCUCCGUGGUGCUCGGUACCGGGCUCCGCGCAUCCCCCGGCCGCGGAGGGGAUCCCGGGCGCUGCGGGAGCUGCCCCGACGGCGCGGCCCCGGGAGCCGCCGCCGGUAGCGGAGCCUCCACCGCCGCCGCCGCCGGUGCCGCCGGGCCCGCCCCGAGGUGGCGGCGGGCGGAGCCGCCCCCCCCGUGUGGUUCCGGGUCGGGCGGGAAGAUGGCGGCGCCCAUGGAGCUGUUCUGCUGGGCAGGGGGCUGGGGGCUGCCCUCGGUGGAUCCCGACUGCCUGGCCGUGCUGACGUACGCGCGGUUCACGGGAGCGCCGCUGAAGGUGCACCGGGUCAGCAGCCCCUGGAGGAGCCCCUCCGGGCGCCUGCCUGCGCUGAAGACGCGGGAUGAGGGCACCAUCUCCAAAACGCAGCAAAUCAUAACGCACCUCAGGAAGCAGAAAUACAACGCUGACUACGACCUCUCGGCCACGCAAGGAGCAGACACGCUGGCUUUCGUGUCCCUGCUAGAAGAGAAGCUGCUGCCAGUGCUGAUCCACACGUUCUGGGUGGAUGCGAAGAACUAUGUGGAGCACACGCGGAAGUGGUACGCCGAGACCAUCCCCUUCCCGCUCAACUUCUUCCUGCCCAACUGCAUGCACAAGCAGCACGUGGAGCGGCUGCAGCUCAUGUGGGGAGACGGCUACAUGGAGGAUGAGGAGAAGCUGGAGAAGGAGCUGUACCGGGAUGCUCGGGAAUGCCUGACACUCCUGUCCCAGCGCCUUGGCUCCCAGAAGUUUUUCUUCGGAGACUCGCCCGCUUCCCUCGACGCCUUUGUGUUCAGCCGCCUGGCGCCGCUCCUGAAAGCGAAGCUGCCCAACGGGAAACUGCAGCAGCACCUGAAGUCCCUGCAGAACCUGUGCAACUACUGCACCUCCAUCCUCAGCCUCUACUUCCCCUGGGACGGAGGUGACCUCCCCGCCAGCUGCCCCGCGGGUUGGGGGUGCCGAGGGUGGCGACACGGAGGAGGACCCCCACAAGCGGCGCAACCAGCUGCUGUCGGUGCUGGUGGGGCUGGCGGCGAUGCUGGGCUACGCCUUCCUGAGCGGCAUCGUCUCCAUCCAGCGCGGCGCCGUGGGGCCGGCUGGCCGCCAGCCCAUCGCCCUGGAGGAGGAAGAGGAGGAGGAGGAGGAGUGAGGAAGAGCGGCCGCGCUCAGAGCUGUGAUUAUGUACUCGUCCGGCCACUCGAACUGACUGUUUUGACGCCGGUGGCCUCGCAGCGUUGCUCCCUGCAGGUGUGCUGCUCUGCGUCCCAGCAGAAAUUACAGCCCUCGCCCGCCGCACCAAUAAACCUCACUCUCUCCACCCGCGCUCUCCCGUCCUCCCUGUGGCCUCUCAUGGUUGCAGGGCUGGCCGCCUUUCCCUUUCCCCUUCUCCCAGGUGCCCAGGCUGGGGGCACCAAUGUGCUGCUCCAUGGGUGCUCCAAUCCUGUCUGCGCCCCCCCCAAAUCCUUCCCUUACCCCCAGGAGGGCUGCGGGAUCUACAGCACUGGGGGACGUGGCGAAGAGGGAAAACCGUGGGUCCUCAAGGUCCUGCAUCUGCUUAGCACCUCUGUUUGCAUCUGUGGCGGUGCUGGGAGCAUCUCCCUCCCCCAGCAGUCAUGGGGCUGAGCC